AUGCAGAAGACGGUGAGUUCAAAUAUCGACGGUUUUUUAGCGUUUUGCGAUUGUAAUCAUAAAUUUUGGCUAGCCAAACUAUAUUUUGAUUGAAAACUUGUCUUUGGUCAUAUUUUUGCAUGCUAAUGCCAUUUAGCAAUUUUUGAAAAUACUUUUAACGAUAAAUUUUGUGCUCUUUCAAACUGUGGAAGUCUCAUUUAUAAAGUCGAGGGAUAUUUGGUGCUACUUCUUAGUUAAUACUUUUAGGGUACUUUUCUUGAGUUAAUGGUUGUGUGCUUUUGUAUUGUUAGCAGGGACGUCGUUUGGGGGGGGUGGUUCGGGGUGACUCCCCCCCCAGAGCCGAUCCGAAAAAAAAACCUGUACGUGAAAAAACGAAAAAAAAAAUUUCGAAAAAUCGGUCCACAGGUGGACCAAAAAAUUUUUUUGGGCCUCCCCAGAGAAAAACCGUAGCGACGUCCCUGAUUGUUAGGUUGUUUUUUACACAAGUUUUCCUUAUAUUUUUUUAAUUUAAUCAAUUUGAAUUGGAUUGUACAUGCUAAAUUAAAAAGAGAUUUCGAGCAUCAAUAAGGAGCAAAACUAAUCAGAACGGCAUUUUUUAACGAAUUGUUUUAUGGCCAGAAAGUCGCUUUUUCUCUUUGCUUCAUUCGUUUCUUUAGUUCGUUAUUUACAAACGGACUUUAAUCAAAGUUUCCUCCAGCCCUAUCGACGUCUUCGUAUUCUCAUACUUUUUCUAAAAUUUACACAUUUUCGAAGAUUCUCGCUUAUUUGUUUUUACUUAAUAUUUGUAAUACUAAAAUUUAGCAAAUGGUUUUUAAAAUGGAACAAGCUUUAAUUUUAUCAACUACGAUUAUCAUCGCAAUUUCAUUUAGUAACGUUUGUUGUGCGCCAGUAGAACCACAAACAUAUCACAUACCAGCUAGCGAUCCUUAUGUGAUGGUAAGUACAAACAAUCAUAUAUUACAUUUAUAGCUAGAAAUUUAACGUUUGACUCACUACUACAUUUGCAAACUCAAAUCUUUUAACGACAAAACAUUUUUCAGGAACUCGCUUUGCGAGCGACACGAGAAGUGCAGAAACGUGAAAGUGACGAAAAGCAAGUAAUUUUUUUAAAUACUGAAAAAGCUGAAGCAACGAUAGACAACAAUGGGCGGUCGUAUGAGAUUAGAUUUAUUGCCGGGAUUACAAAUUGCUAUUUUGUAAGUAUACGAUCUUCCAGGCACUGUUUUUAAAUCUUGUCUUUAUAACAAAUUUUUACAUUGAGAACGCUUUUUAGUAAAAAUUGCCAUAUUUUUACAGGGAGAAAAGUGCAACGAAUGGAAUGUUGAGGACAAAACACUUUAUCUAGCCUCUGUUUUCAUACCUGAAAACCAACAUAACACGGAAUUCGAUAUAAAUGUUGUGCCUUUAAAACAUAUUGAUUGGGAUGGUGAAGCUUCUGGGUAUGGCUGUAAAGCUUUAUCUUGUGGAAUUCAGUAG